GAGCAGCGCCCAGGGCCGUGCUCGCUGCUGCUCUGUCUCCUCUCACUUCCUCAUCGAGCCGCGGGGACCCGCUGCUGGGACAGGCGCCGCCGCUCAGCUUUGAGCCCCGCGCCCGCUGCAGAGGAGGGGCUGCGCCGCCGGGCAGGAGCACGGACCGGCCAAGGGCAGUCUGCGGGGAGGCGAAGGAAGGGGUUUCCCGGCUCUGUACUAAGCCAAGCCGCCGCGAUGUCCAAGCCGCCACCUAAACCAGCCAAACCAGGACAGGUCAAAGUGUUCAGGGCCCUGUAUACAUUUGAACCCAGAACUCCAGAUGAGUUGUAUUUUGAAGAAGGGGAUAUUAUCUACAUUUCAGAUAUGAGUGACACAAAUUGGUGGAAAGGAACCUGCAAAGGCAGGACUGGACUUAUUCCAAGCAACUACGUGGCUGAACAAGCAGAGUCCAUUGAUAACCCAUUGCAUGAAGCUGCCAAAAGAGGAAACCUGAGCUGGUUGAGAGAGUGCUUGGAUAACCAAGUUGGUGUAAAUGGUUUAGACAAAGCGGGAAGCACAGCUUUGUACUGGGCUUGCCAUGGUGGGCACAAAGAUAUAGUGGAAGUGUUAUUUACACAGCCAAACGUAGAACUAAAUCAACAGAACAAAUUGGGAGACACAGCUUUGCAUGCUGCUGCUUGGAAGGGUUAUGCAGAUAUUGUAGAGAUGCUACUGGCAAAGGGAGCAAGAACAGAUUUAAAAAACAAUGAGAAGAAAUUGGCUCUGGAUAUGGCUACCAAUGCUGCCUGUGCUUCCCUGCUUAAAAAGAAACAAGGGACAGAUACAGUGCGGACAUUAAGUAACGCAGAGGAAUACCUUGAUGAUGAAGACUCCGAUUAACUUUCUUCAUAUUGUCUUAAGAACUAUAACCUCUAUUGCCUGUCAUUCCCAAAUCAUAUCUUUGCAACUGUAAAAAAAAAAUACCUUUAUAUAGAGUAUUGAAGUCUUGCAAUCUCUCACUAUAACAUGUAAACAGAGAGUGAAAUCUCUUGGCAUUUCCUAGCCUUUGUGGCAAGUUUUAAAUCAAAGUUCCCUUGAAAUCAUCAAGCUGGAGGUCAUAUGCUGAUCUCUUCCCCCUGCCCCCAUCUUGCUGUAUGGGGAAGGGAUUUAGCCCUCUAAACAUGCCAGGUGUCCCAAGAUAUCCCUUCAGGUACCUAAUGUCUCUGCAAUACACUCCUCAAUCCUAGUUGUUUUCUUUGUCAGCACACUUGCUCUCCCACUGGCAGCACUCCAAAGUUUCUUAUGUAUGGAUAAGAACUUGCUUAAAAUAAUAUGCUGGCAGGGUGAGCAUUAUUUGACAAGCGGAAACCCUGCAGUAAGAGAUGGGAUAAUGCAAUGGUGAAUGAUCAUGCUCUAUUUCCACAGAGCAGGAAGAGACAAUGUAAGGCUUCUUUUAAUUUCCACCAUAUGGGAGUGGGUGUGUGGAGUGAAAUGGCAGGGGAAGAGCUGCCCUGAGAAGUUUCUCUUUUUACUGUUAUGAGCCCAGAGAAUUUUGUGUUUGACUCAACUUUGGACUCUGACUUUGCUGUAUAAAUUGUAUUGGUGUUGGAAUCAUUAGCAUUGAAGUGAGGAGGGAAUAUUUUUCUUUUUAUCCUGCCUAAGAAUUUUACUGAUCUUUUGCUUUUAUUUUUAAAAGUGUUCUUGUUUUUCCUCUAAAGUACUUUACCUCAGAGCUGAAGUGUUUUUGAAAGAUAUAUAUAUUAUAUUAAAUUGAAAGUGUUCAAAAUUGCCUAAUCUGAAUAAAUCAUUUAAAAACACUUGAA